GGCGGGCAUCAGGACACCGAAGAGAAAUUGUUGAAGAUAAGUAAUGAUGCGGGUGGUGGUGGUGCAUCCAAUUCUGCAAAGACCACCAUGACGACUCACUCAGUGGGGAGUCAAUCUGCAGAGCAGUUGGCGUCGGGAGGAUCUCACGAUGUAAAUAAAAAUGUGAAUGUCGAUUCCUCGUCUAAUGGUAACCCGGCGGUGGGGACAGUGGGUGGAGACACGAAGCAGGGAAAUGGAUCACCGCAAAUUCCUGUGGGUAUCUCCGACACAGCAGAUGCAAAUACUCCCACCACUGAGGGCGAGGGGCAAUAUGGACCCACAGUGAAUCCUGAGGCGGGCGUGAGCUCUGGUGAGAAUGGGGAGACGGUGAAAGGAACGAAUGGACAGGAGGAGGAAGAGAUCCAUCCACAGGACGGGGAAUUAAAUGCUGCGGCGCUCAGCAGCAGUCUCGGAAAUGUGUCGCAGGGGAAUAACAGCGACGCUGGCACUGUGCGUGGAAGCGGACUGCUGCCAUCGCUGCUGCUUCUGUUGGGACUGUGGGGUUUGCGGCUCUGUGAGGAGUGA